AAACCAUGAACGAUGUUUUGAAGACCCUGGCAGCGGCUGCAACUGAAGUAUCACCAAAUUAGUGCUGACUGCCGUCCGCAGAAGAUGUUCGGGAGCUGGCACGGCAUCGCUAAUCUACACCAUUCGGUAUGCAGAUGCUUGUUCGACUGGUUGCUUCGCGGGCGGCCCGGUCAUGGUACCGGCUCAAUGACGCCACGCCCAGCGCCGAAUUUUUGGCUGAAGGAGGAGAAGGAGGAGAAGGAGGAGAAGGAGGAGAAGGAGGAGAAGGAGGAGAAGGAGGAGAAGGCUUCAGACAAGAAGACUAAGGAAUAUAAGACUAAGGAAGAGAAGACUCAAGGAAAUAGGAGUAAGGAGGAGAACACGAAGGAGGGGAAGGCUAAGGAGGCUGAGGCCUUGGCCGACGAGGAUGAGGAUUGCUAUUGCCCACUGAUUGGACGUCUUGAAUGA